GGCAUCGCCGAUCCAUCUAGGCGUGCCCGAGUGAUCUUUGUAAACGUUGCGUCUUGUGAGUACUUAAGACUCUACCCAGCUCCGAGCUCAUUCAUCUCUGCCGCGAUGUGUUGGCUCUGGGACGUACUCCCGACAUUGAUGUACUACAUUCCUGGCAAUGCACAUCUGAGGAGUUAGUAUCUCACCGUUAGGCUAGUCCUAGCAACCAGUUGCAAGUGUCUUCGCUCCUUACCCCACUGCUAUUCAAUAAGCUGCUGUAUGGGGAAAUGGCAGCAAUACGCAGCGUGUGAUGCACCGCUGGCGCGAGCAGCCACAGAGAUAUCUUGAGGUACGAAGGUUGCGUCUCUGUCUACACUGCCUGUGGGAGACUACUGCAGCCCUACCGUGCCAUAGGACCACGCGUUCCGCUCCAUUGGUACAUAUUCAGACGUCCGACCUGGUUCAACUGCGGACCCGGUUAAUUCAACGAGCUAUUGACGACGUCACAUGUCUUUUUUUAUCAUUUCAGUUCCAUCAUGAGAACGGGGGCAGAGAUCCGCCCACGGGCCCCCGACAGAUGAAUGGCAGAGUUGCUAUCAAUAAGCACACUCUGUCUAGGUGUAUAUAUAGCAAAUUUUAUGCCAGCAUUCUUGGGCGAUAGUUACGAUCCCGAAGAUACCCAUCUCACGCUACUAUGACCCACUUGCAUUUACAUCCUCCCUUCCGCGCAGACCACAUUGGUUCGCUCAAAAGACCCCCCAGGCUCCUGCAGAAACGUGCUCUAUUCGAUGCGAAGAAGCUCAGUGCAGAUGAAUUAAAGGAUGUGGAGGACAAAGCCAUCCAGGAGAUUGUACAGAUGCAGCGAGAAGCCGGCAUUAAGUCGAUCACAGACGGGGAGCUCAGGAGACAUAUGUUCUUCGAUGGAGUCUUCGACAAUCUCGAAGGCAUGAAGCAUAUACCGGAAGUGCCUCCUGAGAUGUUCAUGGACUAUGUGCCUGAUAUCGCGGCGUUUAAGAAGCUCGAUUUCAAAGGUGCGGAUUCGUACGUCUGUGAAGGCAAGUUACGGAGGACGAAGCCAUUUUAUGUACCACAGUUUGAAGCUCUGAAGAAAUUGACUCUACCUGAGGAGCACAAGAACCUGAAGAUUACCAUCUGUGCGCCUGAAUGGUAUCACUUGCGACAUGGUCCUUAUGCGUUCAAUACAGAGGUCUACAAGUCUGACGAAGAAUACUUCGCUGACAUCGCCAUUGCUUACCAGCAAGAAAUCCAGGAAUUAUAUGCUGUUGGAUGCCGCAACAUACAGUUCGACGAUCCUCUUCUUGCCUACUUCUGCGCGGAUUCUAUGAUUUCUGGCAUGGAGGAGCGGGGGAUUGACCACGACGCCUUGCUCGAUCUCUACAUCAAAACAUACAAUGACUGUCUCAAGAGCCGUCCGGACGACAUGACAGCUGGAUUGCAUCUUUGUCGGGGCAACUUCAAAGAUGGAGUGCACUUCAGCGAAGGCGGAUACGAUCGAAUUGCCAUCAAGCUCUUCCAACAAAUAAACGUUGAUUGCUACUACCUUGAAUACGAUACUGAACGGGCUGGUACCUUUGAACCCCUCAAGUUUCUUCCGAAGACGAAAUCGGUUGUACUUGGUUUGAUCUCCAGCAAGACGCCGGAGUUGGAGGAUAAGGCAGAGUUGAAGAGACGCGUCCGUCAAGCCGCCGAACUGAUCUCGCAAGGAGUUGACAAACGUCCUGUUGAAGAGGCAUUAAACCAGAUUUGCAUCAGUCCUCAGUGUGGCUUUGCGUCUCACUCAGAGGGAAAUCGAGUUGCUCAGGAAGAUGUUAAACGCAAGCUCUCGUUAGUUACGGACACUGCGAAGGAGAUCUGGACUGAUGUUUAAAUCGGAAUGUAUAACAGAGACUUAUGUUGUAUCGAUCCCUUUACUACACAAUAACACAUUUCCUGAUUCAAAGCAUCAAUCGGGCGUUAAGU